AAGGUUGCGACGCAUAGUAUCCCAUUUCCACAGGAAGGAACCGUUUGCAUGUCAGCCGACUGGAUUUCGAAGUUUUUAAUUGUGGAUUGUUCUGUAUUUAGUGAAAGGAAAAUAGUUAAAGGAUGACAGAAGAUAUCUUUAAAGCACCUAAAAACAGGAAACCUCUUGGAAGACCAGAAUAUGAGCAUACUGGUAGUUCGCCUCCAAAGAAAAAGAAAACCAAAGAAGAUUUUUAUGCUUUUUGCACCAUGAUUUUGGAAUAUACGCAGUAUGAAUCACAUAAACAUGAUGAAUUGAGAAGUCAGCAUAACGCCAGUCCCUUAGACAGCAGUGGGAGUACUGCAGAUAGUUAUACAUCAGACACAACCCUCUCCGCAGGCAGUCCCAGUCAUCUUUCAAUGGGUCCAGAUAUGCCUGAUUCAGAUGAUGAGUCGUACGAGUUGAUAACCUGUUUCUGUAUGAAACCCUAUGGAGGAAGACCAAUGAUUGAAUGUUCGGUGUGUGAAACAUGGAUUCAUCUGUCUUGUGCUAAAAUUCGUAAAAACAAUAUCCCAGAAACAUUCGUCUGUAACAAUUGUAGAGACAAUCGCUUCACAAAGAGGAAGUCAUCACGGACAAGAAUUGAAAACAACAAAUUUGUUGUGUAGUUUAUAAUAGUGCUAUUGUUUUGUUUACUAUUAUACAUGUUAUACAUAAGUUUUAUGUUUUUUUAAAUCAAAUCACCAUAUUAAUGUCUUUAAUGGAAAUUUAGUUCAUCUGCUCUAUACAAUUUGUUUUUGCAGUACAUUCUCAAGAUUUUCAAACUAUCUUGUUACAAAUAAAAACAUUUUUAUGUUUAUUAGAUUGAGCAACAAAUUGAAAAUGUUAACAGUUACAAAAAUAAGUGGUUAUUGGUAUAUUUAAAUUUGUUUAUGUGUUAUAUAUCGUAUGUCUGUCUAAAUCUUAAUCAAAAAGAAAAUUAAAUUCACGUUAAAGACGUAAUGUGGUGAUUUGUUUAUUGUGCUGAGAAUAUAUCUAAAUCCAUAUAGAAAUCUUCAUCUUGGUAUACCACCAGAAAACGUGGACAUUGAAUAGUUUCUAAAUUUUUAGACUGCCUCAAUUAUUUUUUUUAGAAAACAAAAAAAGUUUUUAGUCAUGUUACUAAAGCAUUUAAAAGUAUGAAAGAUCUGAUAAAUAUUAUGUUUAUAUUAAAAAAAUUGUUAUUAUAUUUUUAUGCACACAUGAUUUGUGAAUAUAUCCUAUAAAAUUUGGUGAGAUGAAUAGUUCUUAAGUCCAUUAAAAUUUGAUUUGUCCAGUCAUUGGGGGUAUACAACCAGAUGUUAGAUUUUCAUAUUUUAAUAAUGUUUCUGUCAGAGCUCAGAUUAGGGAGAAAUCGAGGGUCAAGGCAGCUAUUUUUGUGUUCAUUUGAAUUAUUUCAUUUGACAAAAUAAUUGUGUAUAGAAAAAUGAUAUCAUCAAAUUAAUUAUAAAAUAUAUUAUAUAAGUGAUAAGCUAUUUUUACAUGUACAUAAAGUUUCUAUAAUGCCAGUAUAUUGGGAUCUCCUAAAUAUCUGAAAUCUUGACCUAGAUAUAUUUUCAAGCACUUUUUGUCUUUAAUGGUUUAUAAAUGUCUUAUUGAUAUGGUUUAUCCUCAUUUCUUACAAUGAUUUGGUAUGCAGGGAUCACCAAAGGCUAUUUUAGGGUGACGCUCCUUCACCCUAAAUUUUAAGCCCCACUCUUUAUUUACUUGGUAUCAACCUUAAAUUUUUGGAUCAUAUGAAGUUUAAAAAAUCAUUAUUUAUCAGUAUAGAUUUAAUAAGUGACUUAUAAUAAUCAACUUUUUAAUUUUUGUCAUAGUUUAGGAUACAUAUACACAUAUAUUUAUAUGUAUAAAUAAAAGUAUUGGAAAUGGGUUAAAUUUCAUUAUAAAUAUUAAUUGAAAUGAUUAUAUUUUAAGCACCACUCUUGAAAAUUUAUCUGUGGUGAUCCCUGGUAAGGUAUGAAUAGAUCAGUUAUGAGAUUUGCACAGUGUCUCCCUGAUGAAGAAAAGCCUUAUUUUUGUAACAAGUGUGGGUCAACUAUAUCAAGACAUGUAAACAAAUCCUGCCAAUUGUCAAAGAAUUGUAUAGUUCCAGUUUUACAUUUGUUAUACUUUUAAAUGAUAUGAAUAAUGUUGAUAAUGAGAAUAUGUAUCUACUAUGUUAUGAAACAGUUUUGCCAUUGCAUUGAAGAAAAGAAAAAAAUAACCAAUAAAAUUAGUAAACCAAGUUCAUUUUCCUUGUUUGAAUAAUUGAUCUCAUUAUAAUACAGCAGUCAAAACAGGUUGUAUUUAUAUUGAAACAACACCAAUCAAUGUUAAAUCAACAUAAUUACAACCCAUUUAAUCUGCCUGGAAUGAUUGAGUUUAAAUUUCAAUUCUGAUACCUGAAGUUUCAUAAAUGUAAACAUAGCACAUCCAUUUUAGAGAGAAAAAAAAACGUAAAAAUGUCAGUACUUAAAAAAGAAAGACUGGUAGACUUAAAUUUUUUAUUAUAUAUAGAGAAACAUGUCAUAUAUGCAAGGGCAGCUUUUCAUCGUACAAAAUACUGUUUUCUUUUAGAUUUCUAAAUUUAUCAACAUGAAAUUGUAAAUAGUGAAACUAGUACCUCAACAUUCCUGAGAAUGAAUUGUACAAAUUUCUUUUGUAAAUAAGACUUAAAUAACAGUAGAUAUAUUUUACUAACUUAAAAUUUCCAUUGUUUGAAAAUCAUUAUGCAAUUGCAAAAAAAAAGCUUUCGGUAGUCUUUCAUCUUUGUGUCUCUUAGAUAAAGAUUGGUUUCUUUUAUAUGUAAUAAAUUCAUCAUGAUAAUUACUUAUAUCAGUCUAGAACAUCUAUGUACUGAGUCAAAAUUUGAUCAUUUGUCAGAUUGUGCAUUGUCUGCUUGGAGUUUUUAAUGUCAUUCAUUGUCAUUGUUGAUAUCUUGCAUUUUAUUUAAAGCAAGUAACUUUUAAAUAUUUUUUUGGAAAUAGUUAAAUAUAAUUUAUAUCUCAAAUAUUUAACAACUACAUCAUGUCAUUGUUAACACAUUCAUUUAAUAAAUUCAUCAUUGACCGUAAGUUAUUGGAGUCAGACAUUUAAAAAUGCCAUUGUUUUUGGUGCAUUAGUGUUUUCUUAGUUUCAGAUGAUUGUAUUUAUAUAAACAUUAUAGGAAACUGUGAAUGGGAAAAAAUUUUUAUUCAAGCAUUGGCUUCACAGAAUUCAGAGUCCAUGUAAGAGUAUAAAACCCAAAAAAUCAAAUUUUCAGUCUUAAAAUUUUAUAAAACUGAUUGUAAAUACAUAUUUCUAAAGCAAUCAUAAUAUUGAAAGGUCACAUACUAUCAAGGACAAAAGAAAAUGUUUUAACCAUUUAUCUGAUUGUAUAAAACUCUUGGCAGACUAGUGGUACAUCACUUUGUUGCAUUGUAUUUUUACAUGAGGCAUUGGAGUAUUUUACAAGAUUUUAGUAUUUGUUAAGUUUUGUUUUUGAACGUUAUAAUUUAUUAUUUUAAAUUGAAUUACUGAAGAGUAAGGUUUCUAGAAACGUGCCUGUUUGUGCCAGUUUGUCAAUGUACUUUGAAAUUAAAAAAAAAUACACAAAAUUUUCAAGUUUCAAUUUCAAAAGUUUUUUAACAAGCAAGGAAUAAGAUCAAAAUUAAAACGUAUGAACAUAGCAUAUUUUUUAGUAUCAUUUGUUUACAAAGUAACUUGAAUGUCUGUCAAUAUGACAGUAUACAAGUUUCUAUGAAAAAAUUAAAAGAUAAAAUGAACACCUUACUAUUCAUUAUUGACAAAACCUAGAGAUAUUAUACAUUUUGUAUAAAAUUUGAAAAAAGUUUUAGCAAAACUGUUGUAAAAAAUGUGAAUAAAAUUAUACAAAUCAA